AUGCGCUCCAAGCCACGCUCCGCGCUGAGUUUCAGAGCUGGAGACAGGUUACUGGUCCACACCAAGACGUCAGCUGACUGGUGGUGGGCAGAGUUAGGAGGCCUCUGUGGCAACGUUCCCUAAAACAAGGUGUGGAGGAGGACACCUCAGAGGACACCUCAGGACCCCUGGCAGGAUGAAGAGUACUUUGGCAGCUAUGGAACACUGAGGCUUCAACUGGAGAUGCUGAGUGACCGAGCGAGGACGGAGGCGUACCGCCAGGUGAUUCUGACCAACAGCGCCCCCGUCACGGGGAAGGUGGUUAUGGACCUGGGCUGUGGCACCGGAGUCAUCAGCCUCUUCUGUGCCCGCCUGGCCCAGCCCAAAGCUGUGUAUGCAUUGGAGGCCAGCUCCAUAGCAGAACACACUGAGACCCUGGUGAGGCAGAACGGCUGUGAGGAGGUUGUGACAGUCUUCCAGGGUCGGGCUGAGGAGCUGGAGCUACCAGGCACAGUAGACAUCCUGAUCUCAGAGUGGAUGGGCAACUGUCUGCUGGCCCUGGACUACUACACAGAGAGGAUGGGCUUCUGGGAGCAGCCCUACGGACUGGACUUCACUGCCCUCCAGAAAGAUCCAAAGCUGGGAUCCCUGGCCCAGUCAGAGUUCUUCUCCAGGCCCAGGUUCAGCCACCUCCUCCAGCCUGAAGACUGCCUGGCCACCCCCUGUGAUGUCAUCACUCUGGACAUGCUCAUGCUGCAUGUUACAGAUCUAGAGAAGCUGAGGGGCCAGUUUACCUUCAUCGUGGAAAAGGCCGGGACAUUCCACGGGUUCACUUCCUGGUUCAGAGUUCAGUUCCAGAGCCUGGAGAGAGACAAAACCACAUUGGAGUUAGACACUGGGCCCUACUCUGAGCCAACCCACUAGAAGCAGACUCUGUUCAUGCUGGACGGGCCGAUCUCGCUGCUCAGUGGAGAGACGGUGUCUGGAAUCAUUCUUCUACACCGGAACCCCAUCUGGAGACGUCACAUGACUGUGGAGCAUCAGCAGCACAGAGGAAACAGGAAACUGCAUGGCAAGUAUCCUCUAUCUUUUAGGGGUGAAUCGUAAUUCCCACUUACCUCAAAUGUUCACUUAUACCCAUUUCAGACAGAAG